AUGGCACCUACAAACUUUUCACCUUAUCCAUCCAUCUGCCCCUCCAUCUGCCCCUCCAUCUGCCCCUCCAUCUGCCCCUCCAUCUGCCCCUCCAUCUGUCGGAAAACUGCUAUUGCCAGCCAUCUGCCCUUCCUUCUGUCCUUCUUGCUCUUCUCUGUUCCUCCUCACGACGAGCCCAACGCAGCUCGUACUCUCGGAGCACGAGUGCUUUCCAUCCAAUCAAGUUCUCCCGUUUCUGCCAUCGCUGCUGAUACACAAGCUUCUGCCCCCACCUGCUCGUCUCGUUCCUCUGCUCCCGUUGCUGCUGAUAUACACGCUCGUGCCUCCAUCCCCUCAUCUUUCCUUUCCGCUUUCGCUACUGCUGAUGUGCAUGCCUGUGCCCACACCUUCCCUUCUUUCCCUUCCGUUCUCACUGGAGCACAUGCCCAUGCCCCCACCUUCUCGUUCUCCCUGUCCGCUUCCGCCGCUGCUGGUACACACGCCUGUGUUCUCACCUUCUCUUCUCUCCCUUCCGGUUCUACUACUUCUGGUGUGCACGUCUGUGCCCCCACCCUCUCUGCCUUGCUUUCCGCUUCUGCUACUGCUGGCAUACCCUUCUACCGCCGCCUCCCCUUUUGCUUCUGCGCUGGUCCUGUCCCGCCUCGCUUCGCAGGUCCUCCGCACUCAUCCGUGCUCCUGCUCGCCCCCACUGCCGCUCUGGCGAGCAAUGCGCCCUCGCCCAUCCUUCCCUUAGCGUUCCGCGCUGCCAGUGCCUCUCGGGCGGUGGGGAUCUCUCGUCCCUUCUUCCUCCAUGCCCGCGGCGACUUUCUUGCAGAUGCCACUCCUCCUCCCAUCUCCCUUCCUGCUUACGCUGCAGAUCUGGCAAACGUGCCUCGCCCCUUGCCCUUCCCUCGUUGUGCCGCUGCGGAUCAGGCGAGCCAGACUCGCCAGUCCGUCUUCUAUCUCGUUGCCAAUGCUCAUCAGGCGAGCGCGCCCCGCCUCCCUGCCUCCCAUCAUGGUGCCGACGCGGAGCAGGCGAGCGCGGCCCUCCGUUCCACCCUCCUCCGCGCUGCCGACGCGGAUCAGGCGAGCACGACCCUCCGUUCCGCCCUCCUCCGCGCUGCUGACGCGGAUCAGGCGAGCGCGACCCUCCGUUACGCCCUCCUCCGCGCUGCCGACGCGGAUCAGGCGAGCGCGACCCUCCGUUCCGCCCUCCUCCGCGCUGCCGACGCGGAUCAGGCGAGCGCGACCCUCCGUUCCGCCCUCCUCCGCGCUGCCGACGCGGAUCAGGCGAGCGCGACCCUCCGUUCCGCCCUCCUCUGCGCUGCCGACGCGGAUCAGGCAAGCGCGACCCUCCGUUCCGCCCUCCUCCGCGCUGCCGACGCGGAUCAGGCGAGCGCGACCCUCCGUUCCGCCCUCCUCCGCGCUGCCGACGCGGAUCAGGCGAGCGCGACCCUCCGUUCCGCCCUCCUCCGCGCUGCCGACGCGGAUCAGGUGAGAACUCGUCCCUGGGCACUUCAUAUCGCAUCUCCGCUCGCCCCCGCUGCUGCUCUGACGAAUGAUUCGCCUUCGCUCGCGCGUCCCGGCUGCUUCCAUGCUGCCGCUCUACCCCUGGCGAAGGUGACCACGCGUCACGCCUUCCUCUACGUGGCCGAUGCGGGUCUGGCGAGCGUAAUUCAUCACUUCGCCUUCCCCCUCCCUGCCGAUGCAGAUCUGGCGAGCACGACCUGUCGCCUCGCCUUCCUCCGCACAUGUGAUGCAGAUCUGAUGCAUGCGGCCCCUCUUUUCGCCUUCCUUCGUCCUGCCGACGCGUAUCUAGAGGAUGAUCUUCUUCCGCACGCUCAUACGUCAUGUCGCCCUGCUUUUCUUGUGGCUCAGGCGCCGAAUCCUUUCCGUGGCUGUCGUCGCCAAGCUCUGUUCGCUGAUCUGACGAACGAUCUCCUUCAUUCGCCCCACCUUGCUCCGCCUCGUCGCGCGCCGGCGCCUGAUCCGAUGCGCCUGGUGCUGCCGGGAGAUCGCGUCGCGUCCCCGCCUCCACACGUUGUUCGAGAAGAGACGCCGGAGCAGGGCGCGGAGGACGAGGAAGAAGGAUCGGGACGGUCAGACGAGGAGGCAGGGAUAGAAGGGGCGAAUGAGGCGCGAACAGGAGGAACGGGCGGUGCGGAAACCGAGCCGGCGGAAGCGCAAGCGGAGACGAGCCCGGUGGCGGUCGCGGAAUUAGAGGCCCCGCCGCCGGGAUCGCGCGGUCGAGACGAUCCCCACGAGGAAGGGCGGCGCACGGAGAGCUCCGGACGGGAGGAGCUGGGCGGGCCAGAGAUGAGCCAUCGAGCGUGGCAGGCGCCGAAUCCGCGCGGCAAGGGGAAGGAGGAGCGGUCCCGCUCGGCGGAGAGGGAGCGGCGCCUCGGGGGAGGGCGCGUGGGCGAGUUCCGCCCGCGCGGCGAGCGCCAGGAGCAGGGAGAGUGGAGCGGCGGCGCUUCGCAUUCGGCAGGACAGCAGCAGCCGCGCGGUGAGAGGGGGCGAGAGGCGGAAACAGCGUCGCCAAAGCGGCACGGUCAGCAGCAAGGGGGACGCAGCAGCACCAUGCGCUCGCCAGGCCGGACUAGGCAGAGGGAGCGGAGAGACAGCAGCUGGUCCCGCUCGCCGGACGGACAACACACGCGCAGGGAGAAGUACGCGGGGGAGCGGUCACCGCGGCGUCAGCCGCGCACUUGGAGGGAGCACUUGGACGCCUGGUCACCAUCGCCAGAGAGGCGGCCGCGGCGCGAGAUGAGCAGAUGGGAGGAGCGGGAGGUGCACGGACCGCCGACGGUGUAG